AUGUCCAAAAUUAUGGGGCUUACAACGCUUUCACUCGGAAACAACCUUCACCAUGACCCAGACAAGAAAUCGUUCAAAGAAAGAAUAUCAUCAAAGCUCCAUCUACACAAUGAAUACCAUCCCAAGGUUCCUCCGUUGUACGUAGAGACGUCCACACAUCAGAACGAGGAACCGACGCUAGUAAGUGGCUCCGCCGCUUCGUCGAUUACGCCAUCCGUCGGUGCAGAAUCCAUAAAUAAGGAUCCAAAUUUGAUCUUUGAAAGAUCGGUUCAAUCUCCUAUCAAUGUUUCUUCACCACCAAGGACGGCUCCAGCGGGCUCCGCCACCAAUAACAACAGUACAGAAAUCUUGCUGUCCUCUCCUCGAACCGAUGCUCCGCAUCAAUUCCUGAGAAGAACUUCCUCCAUUUCCGUGCCUCAGCAUUGUUGCACAGAGGAUCUGACGGCUCCAGUUUUGGAUGCCACAGCGGAAAUCCUGUCGUCCAAUGACGAAGAAGACCUCAAUGAAGUCACCAUUGUGUCUAUGAAAUCAGCUAGGAGGAACCUCGGCGAGAAACUGUGCAAUUGCAUCAGUAGACCCAACAGCGGUGCGACUUCCAACAGUAGUGCUAAUAGGUCUCCAAACAUAGCAACCUACUCAGUACCAGAAUUUUCUCCACCUACCUUCCGUAGACGCCCAUCAGAGAUACUUUCGGAUAACUUUAGAUCCAAUGUUCGAAGAUCCACAUCGGUGAUAUCAUUCAACAAUCACAGCAUCAUCCCUCCACCAUUGACUUUGAGCAGGACCCAAUCUGGAAUUGAUCCCACCACCAACAGUUCUCCGCAAAGGAAGAAGAGUAUCAGUUUUUACACUUUCAAUGACAUCCUAUCUAUGGAAAAAUCAACGAAAGCUGCCAGACCAAGUACUACUGAUUCCAAGACAGAGCCCACUCCCCUGAUCGACGAGCAGUUGGACGCUGAAGAGGCAGAUCCAGAGCUCUUCGACGGUUCGUCUCUAACGGAUGAGCAACAACAACAAAAACUUUCACACAUUAGAACAAACAGUAACUACAGUAUUUACAGCGAUGAACAGAAUGAUGAUCAGAAUUGCUUCGAAGAUGAGUUCAGAAAUGAAGAAUCCAACCCAAUGACAAGCUGCUCAUUGAGUGACUUAAUCCGAAGCAACACUGGAGAACUUAUCCGAAAGUCCUCUCAUUUGUCCCCCAAAUAG